CAAAGAAGCACAACUCAGAGGCACCGGGGGCAGGAAACAGGAAAUGUAAAUGCUCUGCCGAAGCCUGCAGAGAGCCGCGCAGGCUGAGACAGCAUGCGGGCGCCCGGCUGGGUGCCUCUGCUCAGCGCCCUGCUCCUGGUCUGGCAGGGCUCAACCCAAGGCGGCUCUGAAAAUGACGAGGAUGGCUCAGGAUACAGAACAGCAGCAUUCUCCACUGCUACAGUGCCACCUCCUCCCUCUGCACCUCCUCUGUCUCUUACCUCUGCGAGCAGCCCCCAGCCAGUGCUGGUUACUGCAGGGCCCACCGAAGGCAGCCUGGAAAUAGACAGUACACCCAGCCCUGAACUGAGCGACACAAGCAGUAACGGGAGUCUGGAGACGGAAGAGCCAUCUGUCCUAGCGUAUGCUGUGCCUGCAGUGGUGCUGGCCCUGCUGGUCUUACUGGUCAUCAUUUUUAUAAUAGUCCAUAACAGGAAAAAGUCUAAGCAAGAUGAGCUGGGGAGUGAAAAUGUGAAAAGCCCUAUUUUCGAAGAGGACACACCCUCUGUUAUGGAGAUAGAAAUGGAAGAGCUCGAUAAGUGGAUGAACAGCAUGAACAAAAAUGCUGAUUGUGAAUGUUUACCUACUGUAAGAGAAGAAGAAAAAGAAUCAGUGGCCAAUCCGAGUGAUGGUGAAUCAUGAAGCUGCAGCAGCAGAGAACUCCUCAAAAGGAACAGCACACAAGCUUACAGAGCCCAGAUUGUGGAUGAACUGGAUUUAAACAAUUCAUCACAAAAGACUCGGAAGUAAAUGCUUUUGUUGUGUCCUUCUACUUACAAUCUUAAGAUAAAUACAAUCAAUUGGAAAAAUAAAGAAAGAGUGCUGCAGCAAGACUAAGGAGCUCACUUAGUUCCCAACACAGCAAGAUUCAGCACUGGUCAAGAAAAGCUUCCUUUCCCUGCCAAAGUUUCGAAAAGCUGUCCUUGCUUCCAUGCAGCUCUCCAGUUCUGCAUAGUGCAGCCAGUAAAAACACAUACUUCCAAGUUUAGCAGGCUGUUUUAUUUCUGGUUUUGUAUACGUACAUGAACAAUACCCACGAUUCUGGACUGCACUGGUUGAAGUGGGUUUGAUUCAGGCUGCUGACCUUAUACCCAUGUUAUGUUCAUCUUUCAAUUUGCUUUUUGGUAAUGGUAUAUGGAUUUGCACAAGAAUUCUGCUAGUGCAGUACAAGAGCAGGACUGACAAACAGCAGUUGGAAAGCUCUCCCAAAGGAUCCACCAAGAAGCAGCUUGAAGCCCAGCAAGUUUUGGUCUUCAAAUUAAGGACACUGUAAAUGUGAAAAAAAUUGAGGUUGCCUGACAGUUAACUACAAAUGAGCAAGAUGCUAAGUUUCAUCACCCAAACCUUCACCCCAUGCUGUGCAGCUCAUCAACAUCAGCCUGCUACAGACACUCAGCUUGAAAACGCUUCUUUUCAUCAAAACAGACUGGAAAAUUGAACAAUUCAUUACUACACCAAACAUACUUGGUAGAUGAGCUUAUUUGUAACCAAGGUCCAAGGUUUUCAGGUGCAAUAAGGUUUCAGCUUUGGAUUUUUGAAUAUUGAACUUGGAACACCUGAAUGACAUUGGCUUCUUAACAUACCUGCUCUCUUUCCUUCAGUGACAUUGGAAAGUCAGGCUGCUGAGAUGCCUCGGGUUUGGAAGAUAAAUAUGGUAUCACACCCAUCAAUUUUAGACAGCAUGUCUCUCAUGGAUGUGAUUUAAAUACACAAUAUACAUCUGACUGGA